AUGGCUGAACCCAUACCUGCUGAGGAACAAUCCAAUUAUGAAACAUUCCGCGACUGCUUGAGCGAGCCCAUCAUGAAGGCCCUGGCUCUGCCAGCAGAGAAAGAGAAGACCAAGACGAAACGAAUAGCCAAGAAGCGCGCAAAAUACAAGCCAGCAGGCAUGUUCGCGCCAGCCAGACCGCAGGCCGAAGCGCCCAGCACCACCAGCACUCCAUCUGCAACCGACGCAGAGGACUUGGGCGAAUUCAUCAACUACCUGAGCAGCCUCAUCUUCCCCUCCCUCCCACCCCCCCUCCGCACCCUCUCGUACCCAAAAUUCCGCGACUCCUCCACCCUCCAAGACACCUACACCACGCCGCUCUCGGCCUCAACAUCCACAGCGCUCCUCUCGACCCUGCCCCCCGACGCCCUCGACAGCCUAGAAUCCUACGCGCUGCUGCCAACCCCGCACGACGCAACCGACACGCACAACCUGCUCACGCCCGUGUUCGCCGCGUACUGCGCCGCCGCCACCCUCCCGCCCCCUUUCUGGGCCACGACGCGCACGACCGAGUGUGAGCUGUGCGGCCGCGACUGGGUGCCGCUUACGUACCACCAUCUGAUACCGAAGAGCACGCACGAGCGGGUGCGGAAGCGGGGGUGGCAUGAUGAGGAGGUGUUGAAUAGCGUGGCGUGGUUGUGUCGGGCUUGCCAUUCUUUUGUCCAUAGGUUGGCGGGAAAUGAGGGGCUGGCAAGGUAUUAUUAUACGGUGGAUUUGAUUAGGGAAGGGGGGGUGGAUGCGGAUGAGCAGAAGGCGCGGGAGGUGGAGGGGUGGGUGAAGUGGGUGGGAGGUGUGCGGUGGAAGAGUCGGUGA